CUCCUAUAUAUAUAGAGCCGGCGAGUGGCGGGUAAUCGGCAGCGGCAAAUCUUCCUAUCUUCAAAAUUGAGGAGCAGAAGCGUUGUAGAGAAGAGAAGCAAGAAAAUGGCGGACCUCUACGCCUUGGACUUCGAUGGAGUUCUAUGCGAUAGCUGCGGAGAAAGCUCUCUCUCCGCCGUUAAGGCUGGCAAGCUGAGAUGGCCGGACCUGUUUACCGCCAUGGAUUCAGCCACUGAGGAGUGGAUCGUUGCUCAGAUGUACACUGUGCGUCCUGUUGUGGAAACUGGGUAUGAACUUUUGCUGCUUGUGAGGUUGUUGCUGGAGAUAAGAGUGCCCUCAACGAGGACAUCCUCGGUUGCUGAGGGACUCACAGUGGAUGCAAUAUUGGAAAGCUGGAUGAAGAUCAAACCCGUGGUCAUGGAAGAAUGGGGAGAGCGAAAUAGAGAUGAACUGAUUGAGUUUUUCGGAAAGGUCAGGGAUGAGUGGUUGGAAACAGACUUCACAACUUGGAUUGGAGCUAACAGAUUCUAUCCUGGUGUUCCUGAAGCCCUGAAAUUUGCAAGCUCCACAAUAUACAUAGUCACCACCAAACAGGGCCGAUUUGCAGAUGCUUUACUGAGGGAGCUGGCAGGUGUGACAAUCCCACCUGAAAGAAUCUAUGGUCUGGGAACCGGGUCAGUCUAUGUACAAGACUAAUUUGGUGGUCCAAGUGAAAAAUUAAGACCCAAAGUGGAAGUGUUGAAGCAACUUCAGAAGAGACCAGAGCACCAGGGGCUGAACCUGCAUUUCGUCGAAGAUCGGCUUGCAACCCUCAAGAAUGUGAUCAAAGAGCCAGAAUUGGAUGGAUGGAACUUGUACUUAGGUGACUGGGGAUACAACACGCAGAAAGAGAGAGAGGAAGCAGAAAGCAUCCCUCGGAUUCAGCUUCUCCACCUCUCCGACUUCACCAAGAAGCUGAAAUAGUGACACUAAUGGCUUGUAAUCGCAGAAAUGGCACAGCUUGAUGCCCAUGACUGUUGUAAUUGCUGCAACUAUAUAAGAACCCGAAAAUUCUUGUAUUCCUCUCUGCCCAAGUAACUAAAGCCUAUAGCCGUCAGACAUUCAGAAACAGAUGAACGUGGCCUCUAGACCGCAGUUGUAUAAGUAAUUGUCAUUACGUGCUUUCAUCCACUGUUAAUUGUGAUACACACAAUCGAACGAUGGUCAUUAAUCAACGCGUUAAGAUGUUCGAACACUCGUAACAGUUAUCUGACGACACA